CAGGAAGUUAGCAUUACAUUUCGCGCGAAACAGUGUGCACGUGAUCAAAACAAAAACACAAGAAACCAUUUUGUUAUUCUGCAUCAGCAUGCCGAAGAGAAGAAAUCCAUUCGGCGACUGUUCUCCCCUCCAGCUUAAAACACAUGUUGGUCAGAAAGAGCUAAGUGAUGGUGUGUCCGGGAAAGAUCAUCUGAAGGCAGUGUAUGAGAAGACACGACAAAUACUAUUCAGUGGAGCAAUGAAGAGCAAGACAAACAACAUGAUAACUGAUGCUAAUGAUAACAACAUCAUAUUUCCAAGCCAAAGUCCCCCGCAGACAGUCCCUUCCACAACUCUCCCAGGUCAGAUGUGUCUGACCCAUGGGGGACAAUUGACAAUGUCAGCCCCUUCAACACAGGAGCAGAUGACUGUUGACACAUGUAUGUCUCAGAGAGUUCCCAGUGCCACACUCCCAGGACAGAUGUGUCUUGACCAGACUGGCCAGCUCACUACACCACAGGAACAAAUGUCUAUAGAUACUGAUCCUUGUCCCCCAAAGUCAUUUGAUUUCUUCAAACUCAAAGGAAAAGGAAAUUUUCCAGCAAAGAAGAACUGUCAAGUAAACCCAUCAAAAUGUUGUUUUUGUGAGAACAUGGUUGCUAAAGACUCCAUCCAGCAGUGCUGUAGUUGUCAGGGAGAUUUUUGUCAACUUUGUUCAACAAUCAAUUAUGACGAAUGUAUGGAGAGGAUGUUUUGUCUGAAUUGUAAUCCUUGAGGUCCCUCCAAAAUGAAGAGAUGUCACCGAGUAUUGGCAUUGUUGUGUUAGUAUCGGUAGCCUAGCUUGGGAUACGAAGUGUUUCCUGGUCAUUCAGAAAUGCUCUCAUGGACUAUUAAUGUAGAGCAUAGAAACACCUGAUGGUUUCCGGUUGUUUUGCUGAUGUUCCUUGAUCUAGUUGAUGAAAGAGUACCUACCAAGUAAGGAAUCAAAUGUAAAAAAUUCUCAUGUUAUGAUGAGGCCAUGAAAACCGAUUUGCAGAAAUUCAAGACUGGUAGAAUUUAUUGGCAAACAUUUAGAAGCUAAUGAAGUUUAUGAUGAUGAGAGUGCAUUAACAGUAAAAUUUCUAUGGAAAACCACACAAUGUCCCAAUGAAAUAUUGAGAUUUUUGUCUAAUGUAUGACAUUGACCAUCCGAUUACAUAUUCAAUAGUCAUUAUUGUCAAUUUUAAAAUCGAUUUUCCAUAGGAUUCUGAACAAAACUCAUUGUUGUAGGGACUGGCCUGAUGUAGCAAUAGAAUAAGAGAUAGUAUAUACUUUCUUGUGCAAUAAUUGUAGUAAAGUGUAGCUGUCUAUCUAGAGAGCCAAAGGAAAUGUAUGUGCAGGUAUUUAAUUCUUCAAGUCUUAUCAGAAUGACAAUCAAAGUUGCAGUAGUUAAUGAGGGUUUGUUUUCUAACUGUUUUACCUUUAUAAAUUGUUUCUGAGACAUUAGAGGUACUGUUAAUCACUUAAAUUUCGCAAAUACUUCAAAUUUUUUUCGUGAACUUAUAUAAUUACCUCUCCAGAUAUACAAUUGUAUUUGCAAAUACAAUGUACAUGUUUUUGUGAAUGCUGAUCUAGAAAUGACAUUUAAUGACAAGCUAUGGAAAGUCAUGGACCUGCAAGACUCUUGUAUUGUGAACUGAUAGCUUGGCUGCCAUCCAGAAAUGUAAUUGUCAUACAUAUAAUUGCAAAGGAUUUAAAUUUGUGAUUGACUCUCGCACCUUUAUGUGAAAAUAAAUCCCAUGUAAAAUAUAAGUGAUUUACUCAAAUCAUUUGGAUGUAAUAGAUCAAAAAAUGACUCAAGAAAUAGGAGAAUCUUGAUGACUUUUAUUUCCACAUUUUAGCUUCCUAUGUAACAGCUUCUGGAAAAGACUUUGAUCAGCAUUUCACAACAAAUACCUCUAUGUCCCUAGUCAUUCGGACAGUAUUGCCUGUAUGUUUUCUGUUAGAAAUGUUUAUACUACAGCUAACAAAUACAAAGUAUCAUGUUUUCUUAUCUAUAUAUACAGUGAGUAUACAUUUUUAUGCAUGGACAUCUAUUAAAAAUUCACAAAAAUGAAAUUUGUAUUUAAAAUUUUAUUGAUGUUAUUUUUGUUGUUCGUAGAGUUUGGAAAGUAUGUAUUGUAAGUCAUUUUCUCAUCAAGUGGACAUGUAUACAUGUAUUUUGUCAGAAAAUUAUUAUUGAUUUCGUUUAUUUCAAAGUCAAGUGCUAGUGAAAUGUUCAGUACAAUCUAUAUCUACUAUGGUUUCAGUAAAGAUUUACAUGAAGUUGUCAAUAUUUGCUGACAAGAGAGAUAACUCUUACAAACUUUCUCAAUAUAUAUACAGAACUGAAUAUUGUUGUGGAAAUAUUCUGUUGAAAUGAUGUGGUAAAUAUCAAAGAUGUGAGUUUCUGUGAAGUGUAGAAAUCAAUAUUUUGAUGACCUACUGUACCUUUACUAAGGAUGUCAAUUUGUUAUAUAAUCUGUUUUUUUACUGAUUUGUAAAGUUGUAUGAAUUAUUUGUUAUACACAGGUUGGAUUUCAACCAAUAAUAAAAAGCUCUUAUUUUCUAGUA